AUGGCGCCGUCGGCGCCUGCGGACGUUCCGAACUUGCCGGGGCCGGAGCCGGUGCAAACCCUGACUGGGCACGAGUCCGGGGUCCUCGCCCUGUCUUGGACGCAGAAUGGACAAUACAUAAUGACUGCAUCGCAGGACAAGUCGGUUAGACUCUGGAACCCCAGCAGCGGCAAGCACAUUAAGAAGUUUGCUGGUUGCCACAAUCAGGAAGUCAAUGACAUUCGGAUAGCGGCUGACAACAGCAAGUUUGUCUCCUGCGGCUCUGACAAGUUGAUCUUCCUCUGGGAUGUAACUUCCGCACAGGUGAUCCGAAAACUGACUGGUCACGACCGGAAGGUGAACGCACUUGCAUUCGGACCAAAGGAGGAUGUACUGUUAAGCGCCUCUCACGACAAGACGGUGAAGAUAUGGGACAUGCGUACACGGUCGAGGGCACCAAUCCAGACCUUGAGCGACGCUGUGGAUUCCAUUCUUUGCCUGAUAACACACAAGGAUGCAAUCAUAACUGGAAGCGUGGAUGGAGGCCUUCGACACUAUGACCUGCGCAAAGGGCAGAUGGUAACGGACCAGCUGUUGCAACCGAUCGGCAGCAUUGCAGUAUCAGAAGAUGGCCAGUGCCUGUUGGUCUCUACGCUGGACAGCAAUAUUCGUCUUCUGGAGCGUGAGGACGGGUCAGAGCUCGCCACUUACAGCGGACACAGCAACCGGCGAGUGAAGGUACGCAGUUCCUUGGAUCCGUCGGACUCCUUCGUUGCUAGUGGCUCGGAGGACGGCACUCUCCACUUCUGGGAGCUGGUGGAAGCAACGCCCUUGCGUCGGACCAAGUCACACGAGGCUGCCUUGCUCUGCCUCGCAUUCCACGAAGAGACCCUGGUGACGGCAGCCGCAGACGGCGUCAUCAAGGUUUGGAGACAACGGCUGCAGAACACUGCGGCCUUUGACUCGAUGCUUGCAGAUUUGACGACUCGGAUGGAGAAGCAUUUCCAGUCCAACCCGGAGUUCGUCAUAGCCGAUCUGGACGUUUCGCAGAACAAGCUCACGCUCGAUCAGUUUCAGUCUCUUUUCCUCCUCCUGGGCACUGCGGGUGUGCGAGUAAUGCGCUUCCGUAUGUUUGGUUGUGCAACGCUGACCGAUGAAGCGCUCAAAGUGAUAAGUGAAUAUCUGCGCGGCCUGGGCGCUGAUUGGGCUCCAAGCGAAAUGCAUUUAUCAGAUUGUGCUAUCACUGCGGAGGGUUUUGGAGAAUUCUGCAAAGCUCUGGAGGAAACCAAUCUGUUCCCUCGACCCGUGGCUCCAUCCGCAACGACGGGCUACCCGCUUUAUCUGCGGAUGGAGAACAACUACAUCGACGAGGCGGUCAUACGAGAGAAGGUUGAUGCUGGCCUCAUACAGCCGUUUACCAAGGUUGGAGGUGCCCGGACCGUGUCCAUCCAGGGGCCAAAGGUUAACCUCCUGGUGAAGGUCCUGAACUCAACUUAUGGCCAGCGCACCGGCCCGCCUCCAGCUCCAGAGAAUGCCCCUCCUCCGAAGCAGGUUUGGGACCAAAACCAGCAGCAGAGCCAGGCGUGGAGCCCCCAAGCUGCAUGGAUGUGGCAGAAGGGCAAAGGCAAGGGAUGGGGAGGCUGUGGCUGGACUCCCGGCAUGACAGGAGGACGGCCCCCUCUGGCAGCUGCUCUUGCUGGGAUUGCGGCCCUGGCUGCGCCGGCAGGACAAAGCCCUGUGCCGAUGCCGGCAGCUCCGCUGAGACCGCGGGCGACGAUGGUCCAGAGCAGCGCUCCUUCGGCUCAGACCUGGCAACCUGGGCAACGUGGGCAACGUGGGCAAGAGAGCAGCUGGCAAAGCGGCAGCUGGCAAGGCGGUAGCUCGAACAGCAGCAGCAGUUGGAGUGGCAGCGGCAGCUGGAGCAACGGCAGCUGGGGUGGCAAUGGCGGCUGGUGGAGCAAUGAGGCCAGUGGUUGGAAGGACAACAGCAGCUGGCAGAGUAGCAGCGGCACCGGCAACAGCUGGCAGAAGGAGGAGUGGCCAAAGAAAACCCCACAGCAAGGGGAACACAAGCCGGUUGCCCGCCAAUCAAACGCGAUUGCGAGCUCAGACCGAUCACGAACGCCAACGGCAAGGAUCAUUGCUCCUCCAACCGCCGUCAAGAAAGCCGAGACAGUGCCGCACCCUUGGGAAGUUCACCACUCCAGCGAGUACCAGCUCGAUUACUACUGGAACUCCGAGACUGGCGAAUCGAUCUGGGAGAAGCCCGAGAAAUGGUGA